AUGGCUGCACGGAGCUGGCAGGACGUGCUGGCCCAGCAGGCCGAGGAGGGUUCGGCCCGGCUGCGGGAAAUGUUAUCGCUCGGCCUAGGCUUUCUGCGUACCGAGCUGGGCCUUGACCUGGGGCUGGAGCCGAAGCGGUACCCGGGCUGGGUGAUCCUCGUGGGCACGGGCGCGCUCGGGCUGCUGCUGCUGUGCCUGCUCGGCUACGGCUGGGCCGCGGCUUGCGCCGGCGCCCGCAAGAAACGGAGGAGCCCGCCCCGCAAGCGGGAGGAGGCGGCCGCUGCGCCGGCCCCGGCUCCGGACGACCUGGCUCUGCUCAAGAACCUCAGGAGCGACGAGCAGAAGAAGAAGAACCGGAAGAAAUUGCCCGAGAAGCCCAAACCCAAUGGACGGACUAUAGAAGUGGCCGAGGAUGAAGUUGUUCAUACUCCUCGAAAUGUAACAGCAAAGCAGCCAGUAGUAGAGACAGACAAGAAAAAUGAAAAGACAAAGAAAAAUAAGAAGAAAUCAAAGUCAGAUGCUAAAGCAGUGCAAAACAGUUCACGCCAUGAUGGAAAGGAAGUUGAUGAAGGAGCCUGGGAAACUAAAAUUAGUCACAGAGAGAAACGACAGCAGCGUAAGCGUGAUAAGGUGCUGACUGAUUCUGGUUCAUUGGAUUCAACUAUCCCUGGGAUAGAAAAUACCAUCACAGUUACCACCGAGCAACUUACAACUGCAUCAUUUCCUGUUGGUUCCAAGAAGAAUAAAGGUGAUUCUCAUCUAAAUACUCAAGUUAGCAACUAUAAGUCUACAAAAGGAGAUUCUACACUUCAGGUUUCUUCAGGACUAAAUGAAAACCUCACUGUAAAUGGAGGAGGCUGGAAUGAGAAGUCUGUGAAACUCUCCUCACAGAUUAGUACAGGUGAGGAGAAGUGGAACUCUGUUUCACCCGCUUCUGCAGGCAAGAGGAAAACUGAGCCAGCUCCUUGGGGUCAAGACACUGGAGAUGCUAAUACAAAUGGAAAAGACUGGGGAAGGAGUUGGAAUGACCGUUCAAUAUUUUCUGGCAUUGGGUCUACUGCUGAGCCAGUUUCUCAGUCUACCACUUCUGAUUAUCAGUGGGAUGUUAGCCGUAAUCAACCCUAUAUCGAUGAUGAAUGGUCUGGGUUAAAUGGCUUGUCAUCUACUGAUCCCAGCUCUGAUUGGAAUGCACCAGCUGAAGAAUGGGGGAAUUGGGUAGAUGAGGAAAGAGCAUCACUUCUGAAAUCACAGGAAACAAUUCCUGAUGAUCAGAAGGUUUCAGAUGAUGAUAAAGAAAAAGGUGAGGGAGCUCCUCAAGCUGGGAAAUCGAAGAAGAAGAAGAAGAAAAAGAAGAAGCAAGGUGAAGAUAACUCUCUUGCACAGGACCCUGAAGAAUUAGAAAAAGAGAUUAAAGAAGAACUGCCAGUGAAUACCUCUAAAGUCCGUCCAAAACAGGAAAAAGCUUUUUCUACAAAGACCAUAAGCACUAGUGAAUCAGCAGAAGUAGUCAUCAAAAAUAACCAGCCUAACAAGACUCUUCCACCUGUUUCCACCGAGCCAUCUGUAAUUUCAUCAAAAAGUGAUUCUGACAAGAGCUCUUCCCAAGUGCCACCGUUGCUGCAAGAAACAGAUAAAUCCAAGUCUAAUACUAAGCAAAAUAGUGUGCCUCCUUCACAGACCAAGUCUGAAACUAGCUGGGAAUCUCCUAAACAAAUAAAAAAGAAGAAAAAAGCCAGACGGGAAACGUGA